AUGUUGAUUGGGGUCUAUGGAGAUAGUAGACGAAAUCCUCCCAGUCUCUUGGAUCUUGCCACGCAGAGCCUGCUGAGUCACGAAGAGACAGCUGUUAGUGCCCUGGAGGGGCUUUCUGCCAACCUCUUCCCAGCACUCUUCGCCACGGCCUUCACUGGGGGUCACAGAAAGAUUGUGAAGGCCAUGGUACAGGUCUGGCCUUUCUCCUGCCUCCAUCUGGGACCAUUGACAAAACCAUCAAAGUCUUUGUUGGAAGCUGUGCUAGAUGGGCUGGAAUGUGUUCCUGCCAACACUGCAUGUCACAGGCCAUCGAAGCUGAAAGUGCUGGAUUUUACCCGAGAUUAUGAACACUCUCCCUGGGAGAAAUGCUUCGACGUGCUGCCUGCAUCCUUCAGCGUUACUAAAACAAUGGACCAGCCAGAGGCAGAGCAGCUUAGGUCCAACUGCAGAGGACUGUGCCCACACGGCAGAGAACCUGUGAAGAUCCACACAGACCUUUCCUUAAGUGGUUUGUUUGGUUUCACCCAAAUAACUCAGUUCACCUCUUACAUAUUACAGAGAGUCAAAAAGAGCCAUGGCUGUCUUCGCUUCUGCUGUCGGAAACUAGUCAUUACUCAAGUGCUAUUCUGCAGUCUUGUAGAAGUCUUGAGGAUGCUGGAGCUGGAGUCCAUUCGAGAAGUGGGGCUGGAGUACAGGCAUAUGAUCAACUGCCAAGCACACCUAAUCCCUUUCUUUGCUCAAGUAGGGCAGAUGAACAACCUAGGCACCCUUGUCCUGCGUGACCUCCCCAGAGAUUUCCCUGCUGACUGUUUCUCCCUGCUCACUUCCUUGGACCACCUUAAGAAGCUCCACCUGAUCUUUGGCUAUCUCUCAGGGCAGCUACAUAAGAUGCUCAGUUGCCUGCAGAGACCACUGGAGACCCUCGUGAUCAGUGAAUGUAGACUUACCAAGGAUGAUAUUGCCUACUUGGCCACAAGUAUCCAUGCCACCUGCCUGAAGAAGUUGGUAUUAUUAAAAAAUAACUUGUCCCAAACAGUCCCUGGACCCCUAGUGAGUCUUCUGAAUGAGGUCUCAGGCACCCUGCAGUACCUCAAUUUAAGAAGCUGUGGGUUAAAAGAAUCCCAUUUUGAAGCCCUCCUGCCAGCCCUGUGCAACUGCUCCCACCUCCGCUCCCUUGUCUUCGGUGACAAUGUCAUCUCCACAUCUGGCAUUGUGACCACACUUAAGCACUUAGCAGUACUAAAGGAGCUGAAGAGUGUGGAGUGCCCUGUCCCUACUGAAUGUCUCGUGUACUUGGGUGGCAACAGGACAAGAAAUAUGAAUGCAAUGGAACACGCCCAGGUGCACACCACCUUGCAGGGCAUGUUGCAAGCUCUUCAGGGGGGGAACAUGGAGUCGACUAAUCCUAUCUCCACUAAUUAUCUUGUUAAAAGGCACAGAAGAUACGAUGGGGCAAGGGAGCAAUGGGUACUGGAUCUGCAGUAG